AUGAAUCCGAUAUACAGUGUUCAUUACUUGAUAUAUUAUUUUUUGUUGUUUAGUGUUGUUUAUGGUCAAAUAUGUUCAUUAACUACACAAGUAAAAACCGACACCGAAAUAAGUACAAACUGUACAUUAAGUACAUUAACAGUUGGAGAUGGUUCUGAAGUGACUCUAUAUCUCACAAAUUCGGCCGUUUUGAAUAUUACAAAUUCGAUAUUAUUAUAUGAUUUUAGUCAACUAAAUAUAGCAUCUUCAAGUCAAGUGUUCGUUGGUACUUUACAAUUAAAAGGAAAUUCAGUUUGUUUAAUGGAAGAUACCACUAUUUUUAAAUGUUCCAAAUACAUAUAUUUAUUUGGUACUUCACAGCUGUUGUUGAAUAAAAAGGCUCUUUAUGAGUCAACUGGUACAACUUACUUUCGAGAAAACUCAAAACUGUCUAUGAGCAACAAUUCCAAUUUUAUGAGCCAAGGAAUUAUAUAUUUUUAUUCAAAUUCUUCCUUUUUGAUUGUUAACGAUGCCAGACUCGUUUCUAUGAAAACAGUCAAUUUUAUAGAGAAUUCCACAUUAGUCAUGAAAGACAACACUUUUUUGAUAUUAAUAGAAAACAUUAAUUUUAAAAACGACUCCAAAAUAAUUAUUUGGGGAAGGGCUCAAAUCACUUGUUCAAAAACAAUUUUUCUUAAUCAAAAAUCGAUACUUCAAGUGAAUGAAAAUGGUUCUAUAACAACAGAUACAAUUAAUAGCACAGAUAUGGCACAAAUUGUUAUUAAAAAUAAUGCACAAGUAACAACACAAUCAAAUAUUACUUUAAAUGGAAGAACAUCGUUUUCUAUUAUAGACAAUACCAUGGUUGUCGUUAUAAAUAUUUUAAUUAAAGAAAAUUCAGUUGUUAACAUGAAAGACUCAUCAAAAUUGUAUAGUUACAGCUCAAUUGAAAUAACAUCGGGAACAUUUUCAAUAACAGACAACUCCUUCCUCAAUGCAACAAAAAUUGAUAUUUCAAAUAAUGGCAAACUUAUAAUUAAUAAAUCGAAUACUAUUGAAGAAUUUCCUAUUGUCUUGUGUUCUUUAUUUGUGUGCUCUCAAGGAAUUGUUAAUAUAACUUUAGAUUCCAUUAUACAUGUGGAUACUUCAACAAAUAUGAAUAACUGCAAUUUCUUACUUACAAAUCGAACGAUAAGAGACUUCCCUCUUUUCUUUGUAAAUACUUUUAAUUUGGCUGAUAACAAUUAUGUGACUAAUAAUUGGAAUUUCGAUUUGGUUUACUCAAAAACCCCAAUUGUUGGCGCUUCACAAACCAAUUUAUUAUUAGACGGCCAUUUAUAUAGAAAUGGAAAUUCAAAGAAAAUAUUUUGUCACUUGAAUCAAUUCGAUUCUAAGACGAAUACAAUGGGUUAUACUGAACCAUAUUGCCCAUGUGAAGAUAAAGAGGAUUGGUAUAUCACUCCAUUCGCAAAUAUCACAUUUUUAAAAAUUACUGUUGACUCUACAAAAAACGAUAAAAACAAGAAUAUUAAAAAAGUUGAUGACGAUUUUACUGAUGAAAGUACCACAAUUGGUAAUACUCAAAUUUCUUUUUAUAAAACAGAUAAUGUUAUUGUUCAAAUUACUUCAAAAUUAUUGGUUGAAAUAGAAUCAAAUUCACUCACCAAAAAAGUCCUAUUUAUCUCAGAAUCAAAACUGGUUUAUGGAAAUGUUAAAUACAACGCCGCACUGAACACUAAAAAUGGAAUAAAAAUAAUAAGUGGUGUUGAGUGUGGAAAUGGAUUAUACAACAAAUCGUCACAACAGUGCCAUAUUUUAAAUGAUUGUGAUGUUUCGAAUUGUAAAUAUUGCCCAAACGACAGAAGUGUUUGCGAAAAAUGUCAAUCAACUUACAAACUUAUUGAUGGGAAUUGCAUAAAAAAUGAAAAUUGUUUAUUUUCGACAUCCAAUUGGUGUAAGAAGUGUUUGAAUGGUUUUUACAUGAAGAAUGGAAAUUGUGAAAAAGUGACCGACUGUAAUGUAAUCAAAAUAGAUGGGACUUGUCAAAUAUGUGAAAACAACAAUAAGAAAAUGUUGAAUUUGAAUGGAGAGUGUAUUGAAAGUGAUAAAACCAAAGUUGAGACGACGAGUAAUACAAAUAUAAUUACAUGUAAAAAUGGAUAUUUUUUAAGUAUGAACACUUGCGAAAAAUGUGUCGAUUCUGCUUUGUGUGAAAAUGGGAGAGUAAUAAAAUGUGACACAAACAAUGAAAUGAGUAUCAACGGAAACUGUGAAAUUCCUAAUGACACAAAUGGGAGGUGCAACAAAGAAAUAAUAAAUUGUAUAGUACUUACCAAUGCAAAAUGUGGAGAAUGUGAUAAUAAUUUUAUUCUUUCACAAAACAAAUGUGAAAAUAGCCGUGAUAUUCACUGUGAAGUACAAAAUAGUUUUGGAUGUAUAAAAUGUCAAGAUACUUAUUAUUAUGACGAGUCAACGAAACUGUGUGAAAGUUGUGACCCAAGUUGUUUGACGUGUUUUGAAACGGCAACGAAAUGUCUCAGUUGUCCACAAAACAUGUAUUUGUCAGAUUACAAAUGCAACACAAACAACGACUUGAAAAUGACGUGUGACCAAUUUGCAAGUUUUGGGAGUGGUUGUGUUGUGUGUAAAGAUGGGUAUUACCGAGUUGGGCUUGAUUGUUUAAAAUGUGAUAUAAAGUGUGGCACAUGCCUUAAUCUCAAUAGUUGUCUUGCGUGUAAUUCAACGAAUUAUAAAACAAAUGAUGGGGAAUGCUUAUUACAAAGUGAUAUUUUUGGGUGUGCUGUGAAUGUCACACAAAGUGGGUGUUCAAAAUGUCAAGAUGGGUAUUAUAUAGUCAACACAAAUGAGUGUCGAAAAUGUGAUGACAAUUGCAAUACGUGCACAUCAACAAGCACAAAAUGCACAUCAUGUGGUAUAUUAUUUGUCUUACUUACCAAUGGAAGUUGUGUUAAUUAUUCAAAAAUAAUGAAAUGCAAAGAAACGACACAAUCAAAGUGCUCAAAGUGUUCAUUCUGGUACGUUCCAAAUGAAGAUGGCAUGUCAUGUAAGUCACGGGCUGUUUGGUGGGUCAUUCUUGUAGCAGUUUUGUUUGUUAUAAUUAUGUUUGUUAUACUGAUUAUAUCAAUUAUUGUUGUUACAAAGAUCAUUCUUAACAAAAUCCACACACACAAAAUUGAAAAGACGACAACACUUUUUGAUAUGAACAAAUCCAAUAUAAACUUUGUUCGUGUACAAGGAGAUCUCUCCAUUUCGUCGAAUUUAAUAGACUUGAAUUCAGACAUCGAGCAAAUUGAAGUUAACAAAGAAACGAGGCAGGUUUUAUGUGUAGGAAACACAAAUAAAACCGCCACCAAAAUACAAUUUACAUUAUCUUCGAACGUCAACAAGUUUGCAAUCCGUGUUGAUCCAGAAGUUGUCACACUUAAAAGUGGCUUUGCAUGUGAGUUUUCUGUAUAUGUCAAUCCGUUGUGUUCUUGCAAAAUUAACAGCACAAUACAGUUGGUAUCUAAAAACCUUAAAACCAAUGAAGAGAAAUACAACGAAAUAAAAAUUGUUGGUGUGACACAACAGACUACUCGAAUCGAUUACGAUGAAUUAACAGAAGAUGAGAAACUUGGUGAAGGCUCGUUUGGUAUUGUCUAUAAAGGAAAUUACAGAGGAAAUGUAGUAGCUAUAAAAAAGAUGAAAACUGUUGUUGACAAUGAUGGUUCAAUGGAUGAAUUUAAUAAGGAAGUAAAUAUGUUGGAUAAAUUUCGAAGUGAAUAUAUCAUUCACUUUUAUGGCGCAGUGUUUAUAGCAAGCAAGAUAUGUAUGGUCACCGAAUUUGCACAAUUUGGAAGUUUACAAAAUUUAAUGAUACACAAAAUAGGUGAAGAAGUUGAUAUGAAACUUCGAGUGAAGAUAAUGAUAGAUGCAGCUAAAGGUGUUUCAUAUCUACAUGAAAAUGGGAUAUUGCACAGAGACAUUAAACCGGAUAACAUUUUAAUAUUCUCACUUGACCUAAACGAAAAGGUGAAUGCAAAAUUAACUGAUUUUGGUUCAUCAAGGAAUAUCAACUUGUUAAUGACUAACAUGACAUUUACAAAAGGAAUUGGAACACCAAAGUACAUGGCACCUGAAGUGUUGAAUCAAGAAAAAUACAAGAAAGGUGCUGAUAUCUAUUCAUUAGCAGUAACGUUAUAUGAAUGUGCUACAUGGAAAGAUAUAUAUCCAAAAGAUAGAUUUAAGUUUGCUUGGAAUAUCGUAGAUUUUGUCGUGAGUGGAAAACGCCUGAAAAAGCCACCUUACUUAAAAGACGACAUAUACAACAUUGUUGAUGAUAUGUGGUGUCAAGAUGUUUAUAAACGAAUAGGAAUAAGUGGUGUUGUGACAAAACUUGAAUGUAUUGACACAUUUUAA